AUGUCGCAAUGGAGUCAAGUUCAACAACUGGAAAUCAAGUUUUUGGAGCAGGUAGACCAGUUCUAUGAUGAUAACUUCCCCAUGGAAAUCCGCCAUCUCCUAGCACAAUGGAUAGAAAGCCAAGACUGGGAGGCCGCGUCCAACAACGAAGCGAUGGCCACGAUCCUUUUGCAGAAUUUGCUAAUACAAGUGGACGAACAGCUGGACCGCGUUUCACAGGAGAAGAAUCUUCUCUUGAUACACAACCUGAAAAGAAUCAGGAAGCUGCUGCAGGGCAAAUAUCACGGUAAUCCCAUGCAUAUAGCAGUGAUCAUCUCCAACUGUUUAAGAGAAGAAAGAAGAAUAUUGGCUGCAGCUAGCAUGCCGGUACAGGGGCCUCUGGAAAAGUCUCUGCAGAACUCCGUGGUUUCGGAACGCCAACGAAACGUAGAGCACAAAGUGUCGGCCAUCAAGAACAGCGCCCAGAUGACUGACCAAGAUGUGAAAUACUUGGAAGACUUGCAAGAGGAAUUUGACUUCAGGUAUAAAACUAUACAAAGCUUAGAGCAGAGCGACAAAAACAGCACCCUCAUCAAACAGGAAAUGUUGGCAUUGCAAGCGAUGCUCAACACUUUAGACUACAAGAGAAAGGAGGUACUCAGUAAAAUAGGGCGCGUGAUUCAUGAAAUCGAUAUGCUCAUGAGCAACAUGCUGACCGAAGAGCUGCUGGACUGGAAGAGGCGGCAGCAGAUUGCCUGCAUCGGGGGUCCUCUCCACGGGGGGCUCGAUCAACUCCAGAACUGUUUCACGCUGUUGGCAGAGAGCCUCUUUCAAGUUAGAAGGCAACUAGAAAAACUGGACGAACUGUUGACCCGACUGACGUACGAUGGGGACCCUAUCCCAGUGCAAAGACCUCAGCUGCUGGAAAAAGUCAACUUUCUGCUCUACAAUCUUUUCCGCAAUUCAUUCGUGGUUGAAAGGCAGCCCUGCAUGCCAACACAUCCCCAGAGACCCAUGGUUCUUAAAACAUUAAUCCAGUUCACUGUUAAAUUAAGGUUGCUAAUUAAAUUGCCAGAGCUGAACUAUCAGAUCAGAGUGAAAGCAACUAUUGACAAGAACGUUUCAACCGUAAGUAAUCGCAGAUUCGUUCUGUGUGGAACACACGUGAAAGCAAUGAACAUGGACGAAUCUGCAAACGGAAGCUUGUCGGUAGAAUUUCGACAUUUGCAACCCAAAGAAAUGAAAUCAAGUGCUGGAAGCAAAGGAAACGAGGGCCCUCACAUGGUGACUGAGGAACUGCACUCCAUCAGCUUCGAAACACAGGUCUGCCUCUACGGAUUGACCAUAAAUUUGGAAACCAGCUCUUUGCCUGUGGUGAUGAUUUCCAACGUGAGCCAACUACCCAACGCGUGGGCUUCUAUUAUUUGGUACAACCUGUCAACCAACGAUCCUCAGAAUUUGUCUUUCUUCAACAAUCCCCCUGCAGCCACUUUAAGCCAGCUCUUAGAAGUACUGAGCUGGCAAUUUUCAUCUUACGUCGGUCGUGGACUCAAUUCUGAGCAGCUCAGCAUGCUGGCAGAGAAGCUGAUGGGACAACAAGUCAGUUACAAUGAUUACCAGCUAUCCUGGGCAAAGUUCUGCAAGGAACAUUUGCCUGGAAAGUCUUUUACCUUUUGGGUUUGGCUGGAAGCCAUCCUGGACUUAAUCAAAAAACACAUUCUCCCUCUUUGGAUUGAUGGGUACGUGAUGGGAUUUGUAAGCAAAGAGAAGGAACGGAUUUUGCUCAAAGACAAGACACCGGGAACGUUUUUAUUAAGGUUUAGUGAAAGCAAUCUGGGCGGAAUUACUUUUACUUGGGUGGAUCAGUUAGAAAAUGGAGACGUAACUUUUCAUUCGGUGGAACCCUAUAACAAAGGUCGCUUAUCCGCGCUGCCUUUCGCCGACAUACUGCGCGAUUACAAAGUCAUUAUGGCAGACAACGUUCCGGAAAACCCCCUGAAGUACCUCUAUCCAGACAUUCCCAAAGACACAGCCUUUGGCAAACACUACAGCUGUCAGCCAAGUGAAGUCUCAAAGCCCUCAGAUGGAGGAGGCAAAGGUUACGUUCCUUCUGUAUUUAUCCCAGUCUCCAAAAUCUUGCAUGAUUCUACAGAACAACAUUCUCCAUCAGAUCUUCUCCCCAUGUCUCCAAGCGUUUACGCUGUGCUGAGAGAACACCUGAGUCCCACAGUGAUCGAAACUGCCCUGAGUUCUCCUUACUCAACUGACUGAAGUUCGUAUAGAAGAAAAAAAAACAAU